AUGAAGAAGCUUCCAUCCAAGGUGCAUUGUUACAACAGCAACAACAAGGUUAGAAGGUUGAUUUAUAAAUGUUUCAGCAAGUGUGAUUCAGAGGAAGAGUUUGAAAGCACUUGGACUGAAAUGCUGAAUGAAGGGGACCUUCAUAGCCAUGAGUGGUUGAAAGAGCUCCACAAAAUAAGGCACAAGUGGUCCACAGCAUACAACAAGAUUUGUUUCAACCUUGGUAUUCUUUCAACACAGCGCAGUGAAUCCACUAACAAUGUGUGCCACGACAUUUCUAAGCCUACUAGCACCAUCACUGAGUGUUUUUUGGGAAUAGAGAAGGUGAUGAAGAUAUGGCGUCGGAAUGAAAAGGAUGAAGACUUCAAAUGUAGUCAGUCUGAUGUUGUCUCUUUAGUGAAGAGUAGUCCAAUUCUAAGGCAGGCCGUGUGUAUUUAUUCGCGUAAAUUGUAUUCUUUCUUUGAGGAGUUUUUACAAGGUGUUGGAGGAAUGUGCAUAGCUCAAGCCUCAACUGACUUAUCAACUUUUUUUGUCAAAACUGUUGAGAACAUUGAUCAGCCUCGCCACUGGGCAGUUAAUUUUGAUGAUGCAGAAGAUAGCAUCGAAUGCAGCUGUGGAAAAUUCAGUAUGAUGGGGAUACUAUGUUCUCACUGCUUGAGAGUGAUAAGGCGGCUUGAUAUAAUUAAUAUACCUCCGAAAUAUCUACUCAAGAGAUGGUCAGGUCGAGCAAGAAAGGACCUUUACUCUGACAGGCCGUUGUCAUCUAUGGUAGCUACCGGAUGCCCCUCAGAUGGCAUAGGAAGUAUGAUUUUCAGAAAUUAUUUUACUAGAUUUGCAUAUCAAAUUAGCAGUAGAGGGGAAGGGAAUACUGAAGCAGAACAGUACAUGAUUGAUGCAAUGUCUGAGAUUGCUGAGAAUGUGGAUCUAAUUUUAAAUGCUAGCAAGGACUCAAACUUAGAUACGAAUUCAAGCAUGCGAACUAAAAUAAAAGACCCUAUAAAGCGCAGACCCAAAGGAGUUUCAAAUGCAAGGUUGAAGAGUCAUUGGGAAAAAAGAAAGCCGAAGAGGAAAAAAGCUGAGGAACAACCUACACCUUCAACUCAUCAGCCUACACCAGUGGAACAUAGUAGUCAAGUUUCUUUUGCAAAUAUACCAGAAUACUACGCUUCAACUCAACAGCCUACACCAGCGGAACCUAGUAGCCAAGUUUCUUUUGCAAACAUUCCAGAUUAUUUUGCUUCAACUCAUCAGCAAACACAUGUGGAACGUUUUAGUCAUGUUCCCUUUUCGAACAUACCGGAAUGCUUCACCGAUGAGUGGCUUCUUCGUCGACCUACCAGUCAGCCCAACCCUGAAUAUUUAAACAUGAUGAAUGGAUUUAUUGAUGCUGAAAGGCUGGGAUAA